CCAAAACCAACCAAACUUAGUUUGAGUUGAAGAUGACUGCAACAUCAUACAUUACAGUAAGAGCAGCAGUAGCAGCAGUACAAGCAGCAGUACUGCUGCUGCUCUUAGCCGAGUCACACGUGACGAUGGCAGUUACGUGUGCCCCUACUCAGCUAGCGCCAUGUGCAAAGGCCAUCUCGUCUUCAUCCCCACCGUCAAAGUUGUGUUGCACUAGGAUUAAACAACAGAGGCCAUGCCUUUGCAAGUACAUAAAGAACCCAAGCUUAAGGGGGUAUGUUACUUCCCCUAAUGCCAAGAAAGUUGCCAAGAUUUGCAGGGUCCCUAUUCCUAGGUGUUGAAUCAAUUAACAUACACACAUGAUCAUGUGUUAAAAGAGAAGGAUAGUGUCCCCUUCCUAUAUGAAGUUAUUACUACAAAUAAAGUGAUUUCUCUUUUUCAUCUCUCCAUUGUUGUAUCAUGACUGUUCAGUCUUCUUUAUGAACUUGGUGGUUUCUAUUAACU